ACCACAUCAGCUUAGGACCGCGUUGGAUUGAUGCAGAGAUGAGCGGGGAGAACGUCAAGCUGUUUGUGGGGAACCUUCCUUUAGAUGCAACUCAAGAUGAACUAAAUAAGCUUUUUGCUCCCUACGGAGAAAUAGAAACAUGUUCUUUGCUCAGACAGUAUGCGUUCGUGACCCUAAAGGGGGAGGGCGCAGCAGACAGGGCCAUCCGGCAUCUAGAUGGCAAAGAGUACAGAGGCAGGCCCCUGGUGGUCGAAGAGUCACGUGCGCGCCCACCCAACUCCAUUAAAGUGUUUGUAGGCAACAUCAGCGCUACUUGUACAGCAGAUGAUUUACAUGGACUUUUCUCAACCUUUGGGAGAGUUUUAGACUGUGAUAAAGUCAAAGCAAGGUUAUGCUCAAAUGUUGGAUAUGCGUUUGUGCAUAUGGAGAGGAAGGAGGAGGCCCUGGCAGCUAUUGAGGCACUCAAUGGGACCAUGUUCAAGGGGCGUCAGCUGGCUGUAGAGCUUUCCAAAGCCCAACCUUUGAUCAAUCAGAUUGCAGGGGCUGGAGAUUCGGCUGCAGGUGGCAGAGAAGGUCUUCUUCCACGUCCUCCUCCAUCCAUGGAACAUCACCAGAGUCAAGCAGCUGUGCUAGCGGCAGCUGCUGCUGCAGCCGCUGGCUUGCCCAUACAGGUUCAACAAAGUGUCCAUAACUCAUUUUACAACACGACAACCUUUGAUCCGACCUACGCUGCUCUCAAAGGCCUCACAAGUUCUAAAGGUGCAGACGGGGUCAUAUACGGUGCACUUGCCAGCCAAGUGUAUGGAUCUGUUGCUGACCAGGUCUACCAAGAGCUAGCCAAUCACAAUCCUGCUAGUGAAGAGGCAGAGCAACCUGCAGUGCCAGAUCCAACGACACUUUUUGAAGCAGCAAGAGCCAAGUUUUUUCAGGAAGGACAGAAGGUUUUGGCAGAGCAGCAAGCUGGAAGAAAAGCAGCGGCUGCCGCAGCGGCUGCGGCCUCAUCAGAUAAUGAGCGAGAUCGCAGUCCAAUUAGAGGGAACAGAGCCCCUCUUCUACCUGACCCUGUUCCAGGCUCCUUUGCUCAGAUCCGCCCCAAACGGCGCACCCUGCUGCCUACGCCACCUGGAGUCUCUGAAGACGCAGCACCUGUCACCACAACAUCUGAAGCAGCAGAUCCUGUUGCUAGAUCGUAUUCAGAAUACUACCAGCAAAUGCAUCAGUACCAACAGUAUCAACAAUAUCAGCAACAAUACCAGUAUCUCCAGUACGCCUACACCAAUCCUCCUCCGCCACCUCCCGCACCGGCCAGUGGACAGACCCAAGCCCCCACCACAGCCCCCGCCCCACCAGGGACAUACACAGCGCCCCCAACUUAUGCCGCAUCGGACGCCUAUGCCACCCCAGGAGCUUACGCCAAUUCAGGAGGUUACGACGCAUCAUCGGGGGCCUACGACACUUCUUCUGGGAAUUACAAUGCUUCUUCAGGAAGUUACGACGCCUCAGCAGGAUAUGACACAUCUGGGGGCUACGGAGCAUCGGCAGCAUAUGAUUCAUCUGGAGCUUACCCAGCAACGGGAAACUACUCCACAUCCACACCCUAGAGUGGGAGGGAGCCAAACUGAGCCCUUGCCCCGGACGUUCGCCGCACGCAGCUGUAGAGUGGGAUGGGGAAAACAGCAGCGUUAGGCCUGAAACUGCUGUGGACGAUGGGGGUGUCCCCCCACUAAAGGUAAACACUCAGACCACACACUUCUGCCCCGCCCCGAAACAUGCGAACACACUCACAAGCAUAUUUUUUUUUUUACUAAACAGGAACAGCCAUGUUCGUGCUUAGUAUUCCUUUUUUUUUUUGUCUUUGGGCUUUUAAUUGGUCAGGAUUUCUGAUAUCUGGAACUUUUUCUCCUGUUUUUUAAUUUUUUCUUUUUUUUAACGGGAGUCAAUCUUUUUUUUUCUCUUUUUUUUUCCUCCUCCUUUGGUUUUCUGACUUAUUUUUCUUCAAGCAUACUGAGCUCAUACAUUCCUGUUUCUGACUUGUAAAGUCACCAAACCUCUUGAGGACAUUUCUACCACCUUUAUAUUAAAACUGCUUGUUUUCAGCAGACAUUUUGUUUUUACUGCUGCCUAUCACUAAAGAAGUACCGGGCAAUCACAGCCAGAACCAGAUUCGGGACAUUUCAGUGGGGUGGGAUGUUUUAGUUUUAUUAAGGUGACCCGGCGGCCACUUUAGGGGUUAAGUGCCUUGAUGAAGAGCUCUCCAUUUCAGAGUUGAAUAUCCUGGCUCAGGAUCGGUUGCUGGUACGGCGCAAGACUCCCCAUCUCCAAAAAAAAAACAAUUUUUUGAUGCCACUUUCAACUUGUAAGAAUGGCAAUGAACACAAAUUCUACAAUGUUUUAAAUUACAUUUUGUUCUUUGUUCUUUGAAAUGUUUCAUUAUCAAUAAAUAAAU